AUGUCCAUUUCGCCGUCUCUCCAAGCGUCAGCUCGUUCAGCAUAUCGUGCUUUAUAUCGCGCAUCUGCCGUCACAUUCUCUGGCGAUGCCCCAGUCCUCACAGCUUUCAGACAGAAGAUGCGAAACGAUACUAUACAAGGGCGAUCGUUGACGGACGAGAAAGCGUACGAAGAGAAUGUGAAGUUGGCUCGUGAGAUUGUCGACGUGCUCCGUAAGAACAUCGUCCAAGCUCGGAAAGUAGACGGUGCAUCAGGAAGGCCGGAUGACGAGACAUGGAAAAUCUGUAUAACGAAGGAUACUGAACUGGCCGACAAUGACACUAUCAAGAAAGCCGCAGCCAUUCCUCUUGAGCCUUCCGGACGAAGUCUCCGCAGGAAAGAAAAGCAGAAGGAAAAACAGUCAGAGGCCACAACCCCUCCGCCCCCGUCACCCACUGCUCCCCGCUUCUAUUCUCAACUCAAAAAAGCACAUAAACAACGUAUAAUACCAGAGCUCAAAGAGAGCGAUCUCGAGGAGAACUUUGUCCGAGGUAGCGGUCCAGGUGGACAGUCUGUCAAUAAGACCGAAAAUAAUGUACAGCUUCUUCAUAAACCGACUGGCAUCCGAGUUACUUGCCACGAGACCCGCUCUUUAGAACAAAAUCGCACGAUUGCCCGAAAGAAGCUUUUGAAUCAACUGGACCAACUUGCGAACCCUGGACUUUCGAAAAGUGAGAUGGGGAGAGCUAAACAGGCGGAGCGUGAACGUAGGCAACGACGCAAACAACGUAAGAAGGCCAGCAAGGCAGGGACUCAAUCCGAUGAAAGCGCGUAA